AAAUGGCUGUCGCGAUCAUGUAGGCUUUCGUUCCCGCGUGUCCGAGUGGUGCAGUUGUACAAUCGCAUUGAAUACGAUUGGUGUGUAAUGACCGAUGUUGGUGUAUAAAUAUAAAGAAAAAUAUUGUUUUACGCGCGUGUCAUUAAAAUCGGCGUAAAUUCGGUGACAUCUACGCGGGAAAUAUUACUCGUGGAGAGAGACACGCGACCUCGGCGAAGCUCAUCCGGUAACCGCGUCGAGGCGAGCAAACUCGUGGAAUUCUUGAUGAAUCGAUAGUUGGGUGAUUCUGCGGACGGAGAUACGAAAGAAAUUCACUGUCGCCACGCAAAUGAUUGCCACAUUAUUCCGGACAAUCGUCAUCCGAGAAUUUGUAUAUAUUGACGAACAGGCACAUCUAGUUUAAUACUAAGAAAAAUUUUAACAAUACCAAGAUGCCUGCGGUCAGUGUUUGCGAUCCUAUUGUGGCUAGGCUCCAUCGUUCUUUGGACAACAGUCCGUCUAAGGCAACGGACGAUCUGUCAAUUGAUUUAGUCAACGGUGCUUCUCGUAUUUUGCAAACGGAAGUUCAAUAUAACGAAGCAAAUGAUUAUCACACGUCGAUUUUGGAUCAACUGAAAGCUAAGUGCAUCGUACUUGGUUUACCUUCCUCUGAAAAUACAGAAGAGAACAAAGUAAAGGAUAACACGAGUUACAAGAAGAAAAAUGAUGCAAAUAAAGGACCUGUUUUGCCAGAACCAGCCGUUACCUUAUAUUCUCCCAAAAAAGUGCAUCUAGGAUGGAAGAAUACAUCACCAGUUGGAGCCGGCAUGUACAAUGUUGGGAAUACAUGUUAUCUGAAUAGCACUCUUCAGGCACUGUUUCAUGUUCCAGCUCUUGUUAACUGGUUGUUAACUGAAUCACAUCAUUCCAAACAUGAACAAAAUGAUGGCGGUAUGGAAUGCCUUACGUGUGCAAUGAUCAAAACUCUGCAGUUUAGUCAUCUGAAAUCUGGAAGUGCGAUCAAGCCGUUUUAUAUAUACAAUAAGUUGAAGCUCAUUUGCCGAACUAUGGUGCCUGGACAACAAGAAGAUGCUCAUGAAUUUUUACGUUAUUUAUUGGAAGGAAUGGAACGUGCGUAUUUGACUAGGCAUAAGGCGACUAAAUUGGAUAGCUAUUCUAAGGAAACGACACCAAUUAACCAAAUAUUCGGUGGUUAUAUACGUACUGAAGUAAAGUGCCUGCAGUGUCAACACGUAUCUACCACAUUUCAACACUUUCAGGACUUGCUUGUGGAUAUACGCAAAGCAAAUACGUUGGAUGAAGCGCUAAGUAGUUACUUCAGUAGAGAACAGUUGGAUAACAAUGAUUACAAGUGCGAAGCCUGUAAGAGAAGAGUUCCUGCUACCAAACAAUUUACAUUAGAACGCCCGCCAAAAGUGUUGUGUGUACAGUUGAAGCGAUUUAGCGUUAUAGGAGCAAAGAUAUCUAAACACAUCGGUUUUAAGCAGACUAUAGACAUGGGCCGAUACUUGUGGAGAGAGCCGGGAGAGGCUCCUAAGCAGCUCACUUAUAAACUUAUGUCCUUGGUGACACACAUGGGUCCUUCCGUGAAUUGCGGCCACUAUACAGCGAUCGCGCAAGUGUCGAGCGGUCAAUAUUAUACCUUCGAUGAUGCCUGCGUUCGUCCAAUAAGCCUUAAUAACGUGUUAAGUACAAACGCAUACAUUAUGAUUUUUGAAAUGAGUAGCUCUAGCCAGAAUCAACCGACUGCCAAAGUAAAUGGCACGACACCCGCGAAGAGCGUGUCGACUUCGCUACCUAGUUCUACGAAUAAGUCUCUCGUAUUGAAAGCGUCCACAUCCGCUGGAUGUUCCGCAAACGGAUCGUUGAGCGAAUUGUCGAGCGACAAUGACAAUUCGGCUAACGCUACGUUGAUCGGCCCGCAGUUGCCGCCGCAAAGAAGCGUAGAAUCGAAUCUUCCCACAGCACAGAAGUGUAGUACCGACACGUCACAAAAGCAGCAGACGAUGCAGGAUAAAUCGCAACCGAGAUUGGUUAUGCACAUUAAGAACGGGAAAGUUUUAAAUGGGAACAGUUUGGUGCCCUACGACGGCUCCAGCGAGGAAGAGGACGCUUGUUCCUUCGCCACUAUGAAGAAUCAAACGUCGAAUACCGUCUCCCGGGUUAAUUCUACAAAUUCAACAAACGGUGUGCCAAAAUGUUCUGUUGCUAAAGACGCGCCGAAGCUGGUCGCUAAUUGUAAAGAGGCGCAGAAAGCCAAGACCAACACUAAUAACAUACCGACGCAGACUACGGUUGUACAAUAUACGAAAAGUGGGUCUAACAAUAAUAGCCGAGUAAGUUUGUCCAAGCAUCAGAAUGGGAAAGUAGAAAUUAACAAUCAGACAGAACGUGACCAAGACACGUGGCAUCAGUCGGUUAGAACUAAGGGUAUACAGGAGGUGAAGGUGCCUACGAAGGCCACGAGUAGCAGCCUUAAAGGUUGGCAAGUUUCGAAAGAUACGCCUUCUCCAGCAACAACUGGGACGCCUAAUGGAUGGUCGGUUACUGAUAACAAAGAAGACCUCAAGUCAUAUCAAAGUACCACAACGCCAAGUGCGGCUGCUGUGCGAGAUUUUAAUGGUACGAACCGUUCGGAUACUGUUUCGCAUUUGCAUAAGAUGUCUUAUCGAGGAUAUGGCAGUCCCUCAGUGAUAAGUUGGAACGGCAGUAGGACGCAGCUCGAGCGAGACGUUGAAAAUGAUAGACGAGAAGAACGCAAACGUCACUUCAACGUGGACGACGAAGAGAUAGACAGAGGUCGUGUAAAGAAAGUCAAGGAUCGUCGAUCGUACGAGAAUAGAGCUAGCAUGAACUACAAUCCAAUUCAACAGUACCAAAACAACAAACCUUGGAACCGACCCGUAAAUGGUCAUCGAAGAUAUUAUAAUACUUCCUACGGACGCUCGCGUCACGGGAGUAGCUAUAAUAGACCCCAGCAUUAUAAUAGAUAUCACAAUCACUCCCCCCGUGUUCAUUGGCACUCCCGUGAAAGACUGAACGGGUGAAAGGCCGAAUGGAAGGAUGCUAGAGAUUGUUUCAACGAUUCGAGCGAAUCCAUUCGAAUAGACUGCAUCAGUUCUCAAUUGCUGCAUAGAUAUGUCAUUUCUCAAUACGGUUCGGAAGUCGGAACCUCCGUGUCAGGACCUAUGAGGUUUCAAUAGUAAAUACACACGUUCAUCAAAGACGGUGAUUUAUUCGCGUGGCUCGUUAUUAUUGCAUGUUCCUGAUAGAUUUGCGGUAUUAUCUGCCUCUGUUGUCUAAGUUUGGUACACAUAUAUCGCUGUCGCAACAAAAAAAAAGGAAAGAAAAAGUAUGACCCAUGGGGAAUGAGUAUCACCAAUUGUACCAAUUUGUGUUCAACGUGAGUUAUCGUAGAAAUUCUUUCCCGAUUGCGAUAUGAGAGGAACUAGUUUUAAGAAGCAUAUUCGAAUCCUCACUAGACUUUCGAAAAACAAAGUUACAAUAACUCGAUAUGAUAUAAAUUGAUUAUAAUUGUUAUUUAAUACAGUUCCCCAAGUUUUUCAAUUUUGUUGACGCGAUUAAUUUUUAAGAACGGCGGGUAUCUGAGAUCAUGUACAACUUGAAUCAAACCGAUUGAAAUCAAUUUCAAGUUACGUUUGUCGAGACGUUGAAUUAGAAGUGACCUGUUGUUAUUAUUGUUUAUUCUAAGAUACUGUAUGUUACAUGUGGUAACUAUAUCGUAUACUAUCGCGAUAUGAUUCCUUUAUUAUACUUUAUUCCUCUUAUAAGCAAUGACAAAAUAGCAUAAGAAAGUUCUAUCAGCAAUACAUGCUAAUGAACGAUUUUUGUUGCAAUGUCAAAAAGAAAAUUAAUAAAGUGUUUUUGUAUUAAAUUUGUAUGUAGAGUCGAAGUCUCUUGGUAAGUCAAUUUAUUAUCGUUUGGGAAUAUUCAGAUGUUCAUAAUCCGUCCCAUCCUUUUCUCGAUAGAGGUACUCUUCCCCCUAUUGGAAAUGACAUUACAGAUGAUGAUAAUCAUUCUACACAGGCAGUGGCUCUAGCUACGAUGAUUGAUUUCUAGGAAAAUGUAAUUUGUUAUGCAUUUCGAGAUGAGGUGCGAGCAUAGCAUCCGACAUUGCGCUAUUUUCUUUUAUCAUACAUUGAUAUAGCGCGUCAUUGUUGAUAAGUGCAAGUUUAAAGCAUGGUUUUUAAAUGUUUCUACUGCGACCGAGAUAAACUGUGUAUAACUAUAUAUAAAUAACCAUUUCUGAUUAUAAUAUUAAUAAUAAUAUGAAAAA